AUGUCAGAUAUGUUUCAAUUGAUUUCUUUUCGAUUAUCAGAUGUCGGACCAUAUGUUGAACAGAUUAUAGCGUACACAAAUCCACUUGGCAUAUUGUUCGGUUUGGGGGCAAAUGGUGGAGGUGUAAUGAUGAGUAAGGAUUUGGGUAAAACAUGGAUUUCAAUCAACUCAUUCAUGUAUCAAAGAACUUUGAAUACGUCGACUGAAAUCAUUACAGCAAGUGUCAUACCAUGGAUUUCAUCAACUGGAUCAAUUGAUAAUACACUGUCUGAGUCAUUUUGCAAGAUGCGAGUGGCUAAUCAAUGGAAUGUAUGCAUCAACGCAAUUUAUGCAAAUGAACUUCUAUUGGCAGACUGGACUAACACCUGUCCAAACAUCAAGCCUUUUUAA